AUGGUUCCUCAGGGAGUGUUACGGGCCGGACGCGUUUGUUUGACGUCUUUUUAUUUGUUUUUGGUGUUGAUCACCGUACCGAUAUCGUUUCAAGUCGGUGGAUUGUACUGCGGGCUGGCAUUCACUGUAACGCUUUUCAACUUGUAUUUUGUAACUGCGACGCUUAAAAUCGUGGCACGAGCGCAUCGAGCCGCUUGGAUCACUAGUUUGGCAUAUUAUGCACAACAUUUUAUUAUUCCCUCCCUGCUGUUCUUGUUCCUUUCCGGGUUUUCGAACGACGAAUUGAAAAAACAGCUCGAUACUAACACCAAGCCGGAAGAGUCUCUGGUAGAUUUGUUGCGGCGUGCGACGCAGAGUCAGACCUGGGUUUUUUACUAUUAUUAUUAUCAAUGCGUCGUGCGGCCUUGGCAGUAUUUGUUACUACGAUCAACACCAUAUUUUACGCUUCUGGAAGGGUUUUUCGCGGUACUCGGAAUACAAGCUGUCGGUGAGACGAAUAGAUGGUUUUUAAGACGCAAAAAGUCUAAUAUGUGGGUGAUUUGGAGUCUUUUGGCCUCUGGUGGUGUGAUUACUGCGUCCCUAUACUAUUUGCAUCGCAUCUACGUGACCCCCAAUUGGGAACUCUCGGUUCAAACCGCGUCGUUACUUGGGUUUACGUUUUCGCUCGUGUGUGGACUUGGCAUUUACGGGAUCAUCUCCAACAGAGGAUCAACUAUCGAGUCAUCCUUGUUUUUCGCAUACAUUAUCCGGUGCAUCUACGAAAUUUCGCCUCAACUCGCUACGAGCGCCAUGGAUGAGAUUUUCACGCUUGUCAAGGAGACGUGGCAAAGCCAUCAACACAAUAUACGUCGUUCCGACAACUUGCUCAACUAUUAUCGCAACGUUGUACUGAAAAAUGGCGAAAUGAUAUGGGAUGCCAUAGUACAACGCACCAAUGUUAACGUGAACCCACAAUCGUCACCGGUACAACAGUUUUGGCUUCGGUUGCAACCGAUGUGGAAAUUCGUUAAGAAUUUCACCACGAGCGUUCCAAGUUCCCUGAAUGAGAUAUUUCAACUCACGUUGACUAUGGCUUCCGACGCGGUGACACCUGCCGUGAUACUUACACUGUGCUUUCGCAUUUUGAUUUUUUACUCUGCAACUAGAAUCAUUCCAGCGUUACAGAAGAAUAACCGACGCCGAUCGCGUCGUUUCAUGCGCAUGCUGUACUGGUACAGUCCCUGCAUUGUGAUUGCCAUGUAUACGCAUUUAAUCCUGCAGUAUUCGGGCCAGAUCAACAACGAUCUUUGUCUGUGGGGGUGUUUCCCCUGGUCGGAUGUUAACACGACAAACAAAUUGGUCGUAGACUCAUGGGGGUUUUGGAAUUGGUGUAACAUUUUUUGCACCAUGGCGAUCUACGCCUCGGAACUACUAGGCGCCAACAAUGCAUAA